CUAAAUAUUGUUGUGAUUCGAGCGAACGAGCGGAAACGACACCGUCUUCAUUCUCCCGGUUACACUCUCAGCAAGCGGUAUCAACAGGCGGAGAAUGUGAAGAGUAUGAAAAUUGUCGCUUUUCUCGUUUGGUACUCGACUUUCAAUAAUUGCAUUUUUGGCACAUUAUUUUUUCUACACAAUGGAGAUUUCUCUCGAUCAACUCGAAAUUUCCUAGGAUCGUUGAUUGAUUUACAUGCUGCACUUUAUGCUUUCACAAUGUGCUUUAUGGGUUUCAUCGUGAACAAACAAAUGUUCAAUUUGGUGAAAAGAAUUGUGAUGAAGAAAUGGAAAGAAACCAGCUGGUGCUUUUGUCGUCAUUAUAUCGCUCAUCCGACUCGUGUUUUCGAUGUUCAUGGAAAGGUUUUGUAUACGGGAGCCAAUCAAAACGAUUAUUUUUCUCAACUCGAAGCUCAAUGGACGAUUCGAUUACCCUCGAUUUCAGAGGAAUCAAAAGAAAUAAAGUUU